GGGAAUUGUUCAUUGUUUUAGUUAAGAAAGUUUAGUCUUGUUUCGGUGAAAAUUGGCUUGUAUCGGUGAAUCAUGAAGUUUUACAAUAAAAUUGGUUUUUAUCUUGUGUUCGUUUGGACAAUUAUUGAGAUUACCUUGUGCAUAAUUGUUCUAUGUACACGUGAACAUAAUUAUACGGAUAAUUUUCUAAAUGGUUUAUGUAAAGUGGAAGGAUGUGGAAAUUUCAUUCAAAAAGCGCUAAUUGGUCGAUUGUUAACACUGAUAUCACUGUUGUUUGGAAAUCUUACGGGGUGUCAUGUGCUAAUGGUGCCAUGGUUUCUCGUCAAUGCGAUUGGUGUGUUUCCACUUUUGCCACUCAUUGUUUCUUCUUACUAUAGAUAUAAAGAAGUGAAAGAAUACGAAACAUGUUGGCGCAUUAUAAAGUGGCUGCUUAUCGGACUACAUCGCAUGAAUGACUGAAUAUACCGUUGCAAAACAAAUGAAUUUUCUGAUAAAAUUCAAAAUGCAUAUUUUACAUAUUUUAGUGUGAAUCAUAAUAAAAUGAUGCUGAUAAAUCGCAUAACAC